UACGUUUUGUUCUUUGUCCUAUCCUCUCUCUCACCUUCUCCUUCCUUCUUCUUCUUUCUUCUUCGUCUCUUUUUAUAAUACGAUCAAAUAUCUCCUCUCUUCCUUUUCUCUCUACAUCUAUUAUACACAGCAACUUUACUUCCGUGUUUUAGUCUCCCUCCCUCUGUAUAAUCCGAUUUGGAGAAUUCUUUUAGGCAAAGCUGCUUCUAUGCCAUAUUGUAGAGAAAAUGGGAGAGUCUAAGGGGUAUGGGAAAGGAGGACGAGUGAUUCCAAAUGCUAAGUCUGCAAAUUCUUACAACGUUUCUCUUCAGCUGUCUCCAGUUGUUUCUUUUUGGGAUUGUAUUGUUCGCACCAUGAGGUAUUCCUAUAUACCCGAGUGGGUGUAGUACUAGUUCUCGACAUCCUUCCACCACAAGCAGCGACGUUUUAGUUCAGUUAUUUUUAGUUUUUUAAGAGUUAAUAGAUAAUAUAUACAUAAAGAGUAAGCAAGUAUGGAUCAUGCGGUGUGCAAGCCAGUAGCUAGGAAAGGGAAGAACAAGAAACAUAAUGGUAAAGAGGAAUUCGAUCGCGUCAAACAAGCUGAGAAGAAAAAGAGACGUCUCGAGAAAGCUCUUGCUACCUCUGCAGCCAUUCGAGCUCAGCUGGAGAAGAAGAAGCAGAAGAAACUUGAAGAACAGGAGAGGUUAGAUGAAGAAGGAGCUGCAAUUGCUGAAGCUGUUGCGCUGCACGUCCUACUGGGCGAAGAUUCUGAUGAUUCAUCUCCGGUCAUGCGUGGCCAAGAAAAGGGUUUCAAGAUGGAUCUGUUUAGAGGUGAAAACUAUGUUCCUCGCCAGAGCUGCGCUAGCUAUUCGGUUCAAGGGAUUGGGUUUGUGUCAAACGGUUAUGGACUAGGAGACAGUAACUGGUCACCAUUCAUGAGGGAGUCUUGUGAUAAUAACAACAACAUGGGAAUAUCAGCUGAUUUGAUUGCGGCUCAGGCUGUCUCAUCGUUAAGGAUAUCUGAAAACACUGACAGGAAUGCCUUUGUGCUUAAGGGGAUGUUCCCGGGAUGAAAAAAAAAUGCCAUGAUUCUAGAUUUGAUUUGCUAAAUUCAGCUUUUAUGGUAUAAGUACGAAUAAAUGCUUGUUGAUUUCGGUGUGAGAUUUGCUGUAUUGUUUUUUUUUUUUUUGUCAUUAAACGCUAGAUUUAGACUCUGUUUUCUUUCCUUCCCUGCAAUAUUAUGGACGCAUUGCGAGUUGUAAUCAUUAUACAUGUUGAAAUCUCUUCUUCAUAUCUGUGUUUGCAGAUAUAUCCUUAAUGAAAACUUUGAACGAUA